UUGAUAAUUCCGAAAUCCCCAAACAAGGCCUUACGAGAUGGCAUCGCCGGUGAUAACGCCGGAGGACGUGCUGGAGACGCUCAUGAACGAUGGGACCAUCGACGCGAUCCGUUUGAAGAUAAUCAACCAGCUUAAAGCCAAUGAAGAGCUAAAGAGCAACACAAUAAAAAUGGUGGAGCAGAGUAAGGUUCUCAACACUGCUGGUGCUGAAAAACAGACAAAGCGAGAAUUGUUUGAUUCACUACGACAAGAGCUUGAGGCUCCUGUACUUGAGAAGGCUUCUAGAUCAGUUUGGGACUUGAUCUUAGAUCAAAAUGGCUUGGGGAAGGAGAUUAAUGACACUGUCGAGAGAGUCUUCUGUCAACUGAGCGGUUGUGAACCUCCAUUGUUUCCUAUGUCUAGCUCUGAAGCGCAGCCAACGAAAGACAAAGAGGUUAGUCCUUCUUCAUCAUCCAAGAAAAGAAGUUUUAAUGACAUGAGCACAGAAGAAGCAAAUGGCAUUGCACAAGAGUUGGGAAAUGGCUCAGCCAUUCCUGAGAAUGUUACAAAUACAAAAGGACCAUCACCUAGUUCCAAAUAAUAGAAAUGACUUCACGGCAUGGAUCUGGCUUAAGUUUGUGUUGUCGAGAGCCCGAAUAGAAUUGGUCCCUCCAAUUCUAAUGCAUGUCUUGGCAUUGGAGAUUGGACUAUUGGACUUGCUCCUUCCAUGAUCUCUGUGGAAAGAAACUGGAGCAGACGCGUAAAGUAAGUACUGUCGUUUUGAGUCCUCCUUGAUAGAUUAUCCUUACAAUAUUUGGAUCUCCUUUGGAUGUUGUGUUAUGUAGACAUUGUAGUUUAUAAAUCUUGUAUUAGUGAUCCUAAUAUUUUGUCAAAUCUUUGUUUUUCCAUCUAGUUUAGUAGUAGUAAAUGAAUGACUUGUAACAUUGGAUAGUCCAAAAAAGUCCUAAAGAAAAGUUUUGAUUCCAGGAGCCAAA